AAUAAUAAUCAAAUUGAUAGUUUAAUCUUUUAAAUUACGAGCCAAAACGAAGCCGUUUAAUUGCUUUAGAGUUUAACCUACGCCCCUGCCCGCUUUCGGCGCAAGACACAGUCCCACAUAACACUAUAGACGUCAGUGGCGGGAGCGAAGUGGCGCUCCAACCUCCCUCACCGUGCCGCACUCCCUCCUCCGUCUUCCACCGCCAUCCACCGCCGCGUAUAUGGAGGAACCCGCCGCGUAUAUGGAGGAACCCGCCGCAGUUCCAAACUUCCAACCUAAAGUUAGCCACGAAGCGAAGCUGAAAGAACUGCUCCACCGAAUCACCUCUCUGGAGAUAAAGCUAUGCUCCGACGCCGCCAAAGAGUUCGCGAAGCUCCUCAAGUCCGAGACCGGCGCCGACCUCCUCCGCGAGUACGUGCGCGGCUCGCCGAAGUGCUCGGAGCUUCUCGAGGCGUGGAAGCUUCGCGAGGGAAAGCAAGGCAUGAACUACGUGUUCGACCUAAUCUCCGCCAUUCUCAGCCAAAGUAAAGGUAAGUACAACCCUAGCGACAUCGAAAGCGUGAAUAUUACUAAGGAUUUGGAUAAAUUCGCGCGGUUACUGAUUUCCGAACGCUUGAGUGAUAUCCACAAGGAGGUGAAUAGCAAGGAGUGGCGGAGGCAGAAGGCGGCAUUGUUACUCAUGGCUUCGAUUGCGCGGCGCGGUGCGAGCUUGGCGUCGGAGGUGGCGAAGAGCUUCGAUUUCAAGCUCGCUGAGUUCGGGAGGAUCGCGUCGGAGCACCGGAGAAGGAAGCCAGAGGCGAGGGUAGGGUUGCUGCGGAAGUCGUUUGUCGGAUUCGCGAUGUCGUUUUUGGAGGUCGGGAAGCCGUGGCUGUUGCGGUGGGUUUUGCAGCAGAAACAGAUGUAUUCUGGCGUUCUCAGAGGAUUAGGAAACGAUGAUGAUGAAACUGUGGUGUUUGUGUUAACGGUGUUGAGAGAUAGGGUUCUUGUGGAAGAGUCUUUGGUGCAGCCGUGGCUUCGGAGUGUUUUGUUUGGGAGUGCCACGUUGGAACAGUUGGCUGAGGUGUGUGGAAGGGAAGGUGGUGGUGAUGCUGCGGAGGUGGCGUUUGGUGUGCUUGUUAGGGUUUGUACUGAUCCGAGUAAUGGUUUGAUGCCUGACUCGAAAAUGGGGUUGACGGGUAAUACGAAGAGGGUCUUGGAUUUCAUGAAGAAGCUGCGGGUUACGGAAGUUCAGUAUCAUAAGGACUUGCUUUUGGCUAUUGUUGAGGCCAAUGCUUCUUUUGGGUUGUCGUAUUUGAAGGAGUUUCCUUACAACAUCGAUAAUUUCAAGUCUUCUUCAUGGAUUUCUGCAUUAUCUGUGGCAGCUCAGUUGGUUUCAUUGGUGGGUAAUGGCAUAUCCAAAGAAUCUGUCAAUUUUCAAUCAAAUGGUCCGCGCCUGUUUGACAAUAUGGAUUUGCACAGUAUUGUGAAGUGCUUGUUUCCUCGACCAUUCAGCAGAUCAUUGUUUAAUAAGGGAUUGCCUCACAUUGAACCUUAUGUGAAACAUGGUACUCUAAGGCUUCUUCUGGAGUUACUGAAAUUGCUGGACUCUAUUUUUGGUGGUUUGUAUUGUAAUUCUAAUUCCAACAAUCCAUUCAUGCAACAUAUGAUGUCUAUCAAGGUCGAAAUCCAGAAUUAUGUUCAAGCAUUUCUUCCCGAUCUGCAGGUUUUAUUAAAUCUACUUUCCUCUUUAGAUGCCAAUUCUGAAGCCCGUAACUCAAGUUUAAAGAGAAAUGCAUGCCAUCAUGAACAUAAUAGCAGUAGUAGGAAGAAGUUAAAACUUGACACUUCGGAGAGUGGUGAUAUAGAUAUAGUUGUUGCUGGGAUAAUUUCUACUCCAGAUAUUGAUUUGACUGGCAACAGUGAAACAGUUGACGGUGGAGCAAGAGAAGAUGCUUUGGAUGAUGAAGAGGAUCUCAAGAAUAGCAUAGGCGAAAUUUGGGGCGUGGACCUUUGUUCGAUGGAAAUUAACACAUUGGAAGAAAUGGAAUCAUACUUACUGUCUAAACUGCUUGAUGCUCUCAGAUAUUACCGCCGUGCUCUGCCUUAUGCUUUGGAUAAUUCUUUUGAAACAUUCAAGGGUCUUCUCAAAAGCCCAUUGGAAUUAACAAGUCAUCUGCAGGUCUCAGUGUUGUCUUUGCUUGUGGAAUACAUUGAAUGGUGUCCUGACGAUGUAAUUCCUAUCAGAACUCCACCCAUGUUGUACAAAUACCUACAACCAUUCAUUAAAUUGUUAAUGUUUUCUCCGUACAAUGAAACAAGGGAUCUGGCAUACAAGCUGGCCUUGGCAGCUAUGUUCAGUACUGGUGCUUUUGAUGGGAAUCUUCACGAGAUAGCAGCAUGGUUUUUAUUUUUACCAGGUUAUCAUGGAAAGAAACCCCCUGUCAAAAUCUUGGAGGUUGAUGUAUUACAGAGUUUGACUCUAUUUGUCAUAUCAUUCUUGUGCGAUGCCGUUUCUACCCUUGGGAAUAAUUUAAUUAAAUAUUGGGAUAUUCUUAAGAAUCAUGCCCAUUGUUUGGAAGGUGGUGACGAUUUAUCACCUCAAUUUAGCCCUUUUAUCAUAUGCGUGCUAGAGAAGUGUCUAAAGGUGAUCCGACCUAAAUCAGGAUUCUGCUCAUUGCCUAAAAAAUCAAUGGUAUUAUUAUACACUUGCAAUACAGUCAAGUAUCUCUUGCAAACACAGGUCAACGCUGAAUUGUUAUCUGCUUUAGUUCAUGCAGACUUGACAGAGAGACUUGGUGGCAGUUAUGAAUGUGAUGAAGUCUUUCCUGAGUGGAAGCCACUGGAGGAUUUAUUGGACUUUGUGGAGAGCAUAUUACACCAACAAAAUUAUUGCAUUUUCUCUAAAAAUGAAGAAUCUGUCCUUCCUGAUAGUUCUUUGGGAAGUGCGCUUGGUAGUGUAAAUAGAUUGUUGAAUAGUGGGUCUGGUCAUGAGAUUGCUGAAACAACCAUAGCUUUCAUAUCCUCCAUUAUAUUGGAAGGCACCAAUAAAAUAUUGACAAAUAUGCCAUCACAUGCGGUCAUUCCACAUGACUUAGUUGGAGUUCCUUUCUCGCUCUUAUUAUCAGUACUUUUUCUUGAUUAUAGUGUUCUUCACCAUGCUUCUAAGUUGUGGCCUGCAAUGUUUUAUGCUGGCUUGGAUAUGGCCAUGUCAGAUCUUGGUAUUGAUGGUCGAAAUGCAGCUCCUGUUGGGACUUCUGAUCUUGCAUUGCAUCCAGAUUCACUAACUUGUAGCCAACUUUUAGAUGCUUCUGAAGUUGAUGCUGUUACAUUUAGUAUCUUUCUAAAACAGGUGCCUUUCCAUGUGAUAUUUCCUGCGAUGAUGUGUAUGAGUGGUCCUUACAUAUCAAAGCUAUCUAAAAUUCAAGAGUUUUUACUGCAUAAAUUAUCUGAGUCAAAUGAUAGCUCGCUCCUUCCCAAUCUGCGACUCAUUCUGUUCUGGACUCAUCGGAUUCAGUCUUGUUAUGAUGUUAACCCAAUAGCUGAAAUUGAACAACUUUUGAAUCUGUGUGUUAUUCUUGUAGGCAGCUUGUUAGCUCAAUUAUUGGUUCCAGAAAGUGGUUAUGACUGGUCUAUAAACUCUGCCUUUUAUUCAUCAAGACGUAACAUUCAAGUGAUUAAAACCAUUUUUUGUCAUCCUUGUGUUUUGAUCUCGUUAUCCUUUUCUUUGGGAAGUUGUCAGAACCUUGCAAAUGGAAAUGUAGAGAAUGAUUUCAAUAUGCUAAAUGUAGUAUCCAACGAGGGGUUUCACAACUUUGGCAAUCCAAUUUUAAAGAUAUUAACAAUGACUCUAGAGUACAUGUGGUCUUUAUUUGGUGCCCACCUUUGUCCGUCUACAGCUGAAGAUGUUGCUAAUAAUUUUGUGAAGGCAUUUAAAGGCCUUCAACAAAAACUAUUUCUCGAUGUCAGAGACCGAUUUGAGCUGUACAUUUGUACUAAAGAUGUGAUGCCUCUUCUUCCAACAUUGUAUGCUUCACAUACUUUGCAUCGGUUUUUAUCCCCUUUUCAGCUUCUUGAAUUAGUGGAUUGGAUGUUCAGUAGGGACAAGGUGGAUGAUUUGCCAAUUAAGAAAUCCUCAUUAUUUGUUGGAUGUUCCUUAGCUGCUGAUGCUUUCAGUGCUUUAUCCAUUUAUUUUCAGCAGUCAACUGAAAACAGGGCACCAUAUGAUUUGUUUUGGGAGAUGAGUCAAAAGAAUAUGAAAACUGAUAUUUUUGAGCAGAUUUACAGCAAGGUAGUUGACUUUUCUGUAUGUUUUGAAAUAGAUAGUGCAGAUAGAUGCUUGCUUGAAGCUGUCAAUCUCUUGUAUAAGCAGAAAAUUGUGCAACAAGAAACAUUUCAUCCUUUGACGUCGGUCAUGUGGAAAAUUAUAAUGGUUACUCCAUUGAAAGUGCUUUUCCAUUGCAUUUACAAGACGAAUGCUAAGAAAGCUGCAUUUUUACAUAUUCUUACUGAAUUGAGUUCCCUGCAUUCAUUGAUCUUUGGGCAUUUAUUUUUGGGUACAGUGAAUAAAAGUAUACAUCAUGAUAUUGGUGUGAUGGAACAUACCUUUGAUCCUACUCUCUCAGAAGAUCAGUUUUUGCUGCUUCUACCGGCCUCUUUGUCAUACUUCAGCUUAAUUUCUAAAAGACUUAGAGAGCAGAGUCACAAAGAUUUUGAACAUAUACCUUACUUUUAUUCCAAAAUUCUCUUAAAAGGUUUCAGUCAGUGGAAGAGCUUUUCCUCAAAAGAUAUAUUUGAGGAACAAUACGGGGAAUUCUUUCCAUCAUCUGCUCAAGAACUUCUCCGUCUUAUUGAUCUUAGUCUUCUUGGGAAAUCAAUUCAUAUGUUGAAGUAUCACUUUGCUCUUAAUGGGCCAAUGAAACUGAAAAAGCGAUUAAAUCUAUUCAAAUCCAUUUGCCCAAAAUUUGCUUCACAUGAUGACCUGAUGGACUGUGAUUGUCAAGUUAUUGAUAGUUAUUCUCUGCAUCAGUCUUUGAACAUCAUCAACCGUGUUGUUGCAAAGAUAUCACUUUGUAAAGUAUUAUUGUUUCAUGAAGAAGCAGGUGGGAAUUUCAAAGAUGUUGCUGUGAAAAUGAAAAGCAAAUUGGGAAGAUCCAGGAUACGUUUCAUAAAUAUUUUGGUGGAUAUUUGGCAGUUUAUUGUUAAGAAAUUUUCAUUAGCCUCUGAUCAAUCUAGAACUCCAAAAGGCACAAACAUUUCAUUGUUAUAUAAUCACUUGGAAGGUUUUUUGUUGAAGAAUAUUCUUGAAUUGGCUGGAGAAAUGCAAAAUGAUCUUAUUCAAUUGCAAGCCAUUUCCUUCCUUGAACAAUUAAUCAGAUCUGCUCUUCUCUAUAGGUUUGGUGAUUUUACAACAAUGAAAACUCUCCGAGUUAUAUUAUCACAGCUUAGCGAGGGGAGGUUAUCAUAUGAUUUAUAUCUUCAGUUGUUGCUCGCUCAUUCUCAGUUUGCCCCCACUCUCCAUUCAGUGUGCAAGCAAGCAGGUUCCUUUUUGAAGCCUGUAUCCAGCAUUCUGAAAUGUCUUGUGAUUCCUUCUCUUGAUCAUUGUGAAAAUGAUGUGAAACACAGAGGGCUAAUGACCGAGCUCUCUAGUGGACCAUUGGAAAUUGUUAAAAUGCUUUGGAUACUCUUACGGGUUAAGGCUCAUCAAAUUGAUUUGGAUAAUGGAAAUGAUAUUAAUGUAAAUUUAAAAGAACUGCAUGCUCUGCUUUGUCAUUCUUAUGGUGCAACAGUCAACUGGAUUGAUUUGGAGAUAUACAAUCUGAUGCAACACAUCGAGUCUAUGAGUGGCCUGUUGUCUCAGAAUGUCAAGUUAGAUUCAGAAACAAUUGAAAAAUGGUACAGAAGCCAGCAUAGUGACACCUUUCCGAUUGACCCUGACAUAUGCGUGUCAACAGUUCUCUAUUUUCCCUAUGAUAGAACUAUCUUUGAUGAGCUACCAUCUGUAAACAAGAUUGAACCAGAUACUGUUAGGAAAAAGGUACUUCAUUCUCAAGUUGAAGAUAAAGAACGUUAUGAUCCUGUAUUUAUAUUGCGAUUUUCAAUUCAUAGUCUCUCAAAGGCUUAUAUAGAGCCUGUGGAGUUUGCUGGUUCAGGGUUGCUUGCGAUUGCAUUUGUUAGCAUGUCUUCCCCAGACCAAGGGAUAAGAAGAUUAGCUUACGGCACUCUUGAUAAAUUUAAGAAUGCAUUGGAGUGCCAAAAGAAGAAGGAUGUUCUGGGACUUCGGCUUCUAUUAAAUUCUGUUCAAAAUAGUAUAGAAGAGCCAUGGCAAAGAAUCCCGUCAGUUAUUGCUUUAUUUGCUGCAGAGGCAUCUUGUGUAUUGUUAGAUCCGGCACAUGGUCAUUAUGCAGCUAUAAGCACAUUUUUGACACAUUCAUCCAAGUUGAAUAUGAGGGUUAUACCUAUGUUUGAUAACUUUUUUUGGAGUACCUCUGUCAAUUUCAAAGCAGAGAGGUCUUGGAUGCUUCGGCUAGUAUAUGCAGGGAUGAACUCUGAUGAUGAUGUUGCAUUAUAUAUCAGGAACUCUAUCCUUGAGAAGCUAAUGAGCUUUUACGUUUCUCCUCUUUCAGAUUUUGUGUCAAAGAACCUGAUUAUUGAGGUGAUAAAGAAAUCAGUUAAAUUGCAUAAGAUUACCCGUCAUCUAGUGAAGCAUUGUUCUUUAUUUUCAUGGUUUUCGUCUCUCAUCUCAGUUGCCAGACAGAGGCUUAAGGUAGAUGAACAUAAACUUUUCUUGAAGCAUGUGUUGGUAGCAUUGAAGGUUGUCAAUGAUGUUAUUUCAUCAGGAAGCAUCUCCAAGUGGUUGCAAAAUCAUGGCCUUGAGCAGCUCAUGGAGCUCUCAUCCAAUCUAUUUAAUUUCUUAUUCCAUGAUGCAACAUUGGCAAAUGAAACUGUAGUACUAGUUAAUCCUUUUCUGCAAAUGAUAGCAUCAGUGUUGAAAUUAUCUCAAAAAAGGAAAAUAUAUCAGCCUCAUUUUACCCUAUCAAUUGAGGGCGUGUAUCAGAUGUACCAGGCUGGAAGUGCGUGUAAUCAAGCCACAAAAAGCAUUAAACCGGAGCUUGCUCUUGAGGCCAUAAUUAUGAGUGCACCUCCUGCUUCCAUUUUCUUGAUGAAUCAGGAAAGGCUGCAGAGCUUUCUUAUCUGGGCAACUACAACUGCUUUACAGUCCAAGUCUUUACAAAGGCUGGGGUCCACUGAGUCUCAGUUCUUAAGAAAUAAUUUAAGGGAAGAUUUUCAAGAGAACUCAGUAGUUUCUACAUUUCUACGUUGGUUAAUAGCAUCAGUAAUCAUUGGCAAGCUCCAUAAAAAAUCUUAUAAUUGGGAUUCAGAAUAUGCUGAGACACACAACCUUGAAUCCCUGCAUUCUUUACUGGUGCAUGUCAAAAAUACCUCCGGACAAAGAAAUGAUAUUGAUAUUGGUGCUGAGGAGGUACUAGCUUCAACAAUCUUCCAUCUCCAACUGCGUCUUGGUGUCAAUCAUGAAGUGCUACCAUCAGUUGUAUGUGCUCUUUGUCUCCUGAUGUUUGGUGCCUCUAAAUUUGCAGUUAGCAGAACUGAUUUAUUGAAAGACUACAACGCAUUAAUAGCAUCACACAGUUCAAGGGUACAAUGUCCUCCUGAAGCUAAUCCAACUUGGAGAUGGUCGUUUUAUCAGCCAUGGAAGGAUGAUUCUCUGGAGCUCACUGACUCACAGAAGAUGGAGGAAUAUCAUGCUUGCCUGACUUUGUUAGUGAUUGUCUCUAAUGUUCUUGGUGGAAAGAAAUUAGAGUCGGCUAGUUUAUCCCCUGUAGAUUUAGAGAAAUCUGGCUUAUUCCAAUGGGAAAGAAGUUUACUAAGAAACUGAGAUUAUACGUGAGUUAUUAGCUUUUCUUUUUGGGGACGUUAGUAAGUGUACAGUUAGUGUCAAAGUAACGAUAUUUGAAAAUGCAAGUUUUGCCUAUGGAAACAGGCCAUCUUUUAUGCAUUUGAUGGCAAUAUACAAGUUAAAUUAAAAUUUUGGUCCUUAUAUGUGAUGUUUAUUUUAAAUUUAGUUUCAAUGUGGUUUUUCAUA